AUGGCUCAAAACCGCCAGCCGGCAUCCUCCACACCGCGGAACAGCCCCUACCCGGGAAGUGCUUCCAUGUCCACGGCCGGGUCAUCGGCAGCGGCAGGCCAGGGCGGUGCCGGGGUAGCGGGGGGAGGCCCCGCCACAGCACCCGGGGCAAGCGGUUCGGGCGGGCACGGUGGAGGGGAGGAUGAGGUGGAGGAAGAGGUGGAUCCCGAGAAGCAAGCCAUGUUUCAAGCGCAGGAUUUCAAUACGUCGCCGGUGCUGUGGGUCAAGGUGGACCCGCAGCUAGAAUGGAUGAUGAGCGUGAGGAUGAGGAAGCCGUGGCACCAGUGGGUUGAGCAGCUCUUUUGUGAUGAGAGCGUGGAGGCACAGUGCGACGCGCUAAGGGGUUUGGUGGAACUGCCGUUGCCCUUCGAGCUGAGGAACUCGGAGCUGCCGGUGCAAGCCAUCGCUGAGGCCGUCCGAGGAAGGGUAUCCCACACACAGAUGGAACACGCCUCCUGCGUCCGGAAGGAGGCGGCUGUCGCCCUUGCUCUCUGGCAGAACCAACAUGCACCGCCUCACGCCGGAGGUUUUGGGGAGUCGAAAGAGACGAGAGCACAGAACUGGAGGGGCUUGGAGCACCUCCUCAAGGCCUUCGCGGAGAGGUUCGAACAGAGGGACUCGAAAAGCCCUGCUUCAUCGGGGAUGCGGUUGGGGAUAGGACACGAUGAAGCCGGGUCCGGCGGUGGAAACCGCAAGUCUGCCCUACUCCUGCCGAAUUGGUUCGAGGACUCGACAGAAUACCGCUUGAAGAAAGCACUGAUCUGGGCGGCUGCAAACAUGCGCGCUCGAGAUGGCUGUACGCCGUUGGAGUGCCUGGAUCUGCUGGUGGUGCUUUUGCGGGAGAAUGACAACUGCGAGAACUCUCGCAGCGACGACUACUAUGUGGCCCAGGUGCUGACCGCGCUAGGACAGGUUUCCACGACCCAGGAGGCUGGAUUGCCGGUGUCCUCCGUGGCUGAGGCUAUCUCACAGGCUCGGCUCUGGCUGGACCUCGACAUGCUGGGUGUAUCUUCUUCGGGACACAAGGCGACCGCCAAGCCCGCGACUCGCACCACCAAGAGCCACAACGGCGUUGUAGCGGCUUGUGCUCUGCAGUGCCUCUGCCAGCUGGAGAUGCUAAGGGGUGGCAGGCCCGAGGUAGAUUACGAGGAGUACACGGAAGGACGACACCCUACGAAUGUGCGUAUCGCGGCCGCUCAGAGCAUCAUCCACUUGUACCUCGCCUACGACAGCGGGUUAGCAGAUGACGCGGAGGAUGAAGGAGAAGGACUCUCAUCGGCUCUGCUCUGGGUGUUGGACUUCGUGGAAUCUGAGGAGCCCGCCGGAGACGGCAGGCCAAGAUACUGGGCUGUUCGAUGCCUUCUCGACGCGCUGGAGCGGCGCCCCCUCGUGGCAUCGCACCUCGCUCGCUUCCAGAGCGACGACUCGUUGCUGGGGGAAUGCGACCCCUGGGCGGAGAUGGAGUUCUUCACACCACGAGGGCCGGGGAGGGCGGCCUAUCGUCCGGACGGGCCUCUCCCGAAGGAGUUUCCAAGGGCGGCGGAAGCGGCCGAGCGGCUGUGGGCUCUGAUGAAUGAAGGGACAGCGUACGACCAGGCCCUCAGGCACCUCUGUUUCCAGCUCUGGCGAAAUAUCUGGGGCCUUGAAACACCUCCCUGCCUGGUAAACAACAUUCCGGAGAAGGUUGAAGGCUGGAGGGAGAAGAUGAUUGUUGGAGAGUCUAAGAACCUCUCCAAAGAUCACCGUGCGCGGAGUCGACUGGCUAUGGACGGCAUGGUUGAUAAGGUAAAAGGGUGGGUGAUGGGCCGGAACAAACGAAGGGAGUGGAUUAACCGCGAUUGGUGCGAAUGGUACUACAGGGAUCGAGAUCGGCAGGCAAGGCUAGCCCUCAAGGUCAAGCGGAAAGGAGACGAGGAAGAAGAAGAUAUCACCGCCAACCCUUGGGACGGCCGUUAUGGACCGGAACCUCCGGAAGAGAUGGUGGGGCCGCAGGGACUGGGGGUGGGGGUGCACUCGGUUCAAGGAGUAGUUCAGUGGGAGGAUGGCGGGAGCGAAGCAGCGGCGGUAGGCGGUGCAGGCCUAAAAAAGUUUCGGACGGUUGGUGGGGGCGGUGGGAGUUAGGGGUUCUCGGUGGUUUGUAUGCGUUGGUGCAGAUACUCUCCGUCACUGACAAUGACCCUUACCCUGAGGCAUUGGUGCUGUUUUUGGAAUGCAACUCGAUCGUUCAUGGUGUUGUGAUUGCUUCACAAGCAAUAGCGAGAUGAUGGGUGGUCUGACCCAGUACGACAGGUUUGGCUGCUUGCGCACGCUCGUCUGGCUUGCGAUGACAUGUUGUGGCAAAUGUGAAACCCCUGCCUAACGGUUGAUGUUGUUGGACCGUGUUUGCAUCGAUACGGCUGCAUGUUCAUCUAGGAAAGGGGCCGAGAGCCCGCCCACCGCCACGUAGUGUGUUCGUAUAUGUCCUUUACUUGGAAGGGGAAGACGUUUUAUCUCUCGUAUUAGACACGCAAGGGGAGUAGGGAGAAGUGAAGCCCUCUUGGCUCAGCGACCAUGGGUAGGGCAACCCGGGAACGAGCUAUAUUUAAUUCGCGCGAAGCGCGAAAAAAAUACGAAGAGGCGUGUUCGAAUUACGCGUCCUUUCGUUGUCUUCAAGUUUGACAGAAGGAAUCCAUGUGUGGUUAUUCAGUGCCAGAGGUUGCGGGUUCAAUCCCCCGUAGCGCCAACCUUUGUUUGCACCUUCUUUUUUUCCCGAUUUUUCUUCACGAUGGGAGGGCCAUCACCACCUAUUGACGGUAAAUAAGCGAUUAAACCACCGUUUA